CAUAUUAAAAAGACUCGGGAUGCAAGAAGAUACCCUCUAAUCAAAAGGUGAAGGAGAUAGUGACCUCGUGCUCCUUUAUAAUCAAAAGUAUACAUGCAUUCCGCAAAGAAAAAAAAUAUAUGGUGUGUGUACAUGGUGAUUGAAAAGAUGUGGGAGAGUAAUCGUUCCACUGCUUUCUACCGCUUUUUGUCGCGUUUGUUUCUAGUCAUUGCCUCACUGGGUCUUGGUCUUCGUCUACGCUCAAUCAAUGCAUUUCAUGUCAAAACCCUUGUGCGCCCUUUUGAUUUUGAUAUUCCUUAUUAUCCUCUUUUUCAAACACAUAAUCUCAUAACUAUUUGUGGCUUCCUCAUUGUUCGUUUCUUGGAGCUUAAAUACACUUCUUAAUAAGAUAUUACACUUGGUGCUUGAUAGAUGGACUCUAUUGAAAAAGACGAUGUACCAAUGUUAACAACUACAAAUUGGUCAACCGAUAGCUACGAUCACAAUAUAAAUCGAAGAAAUUUACAGAGGAGCAGAACUGCUGUUUCAAUAUCCAUUCCUUCUAGCUCCAUUGAAAUGAAUCCUGGUGCAACAAAUCGUGUUGGCUUUACAGGUCCCUUGCGUAGUGAAAGAAAAACUCGUGAUGUACAGAGACAAGAGAGGGAGCUUGUGGAACGAGUACGCACUAAAAAUUAUAGCCAUCAAAGUGAGCACUUAAUGAAGUCUGGACAAUUGGGGAUGUGUGAUGAUCCUUACUGUACAACAUGCCCAGCUGCUUACAAAGCACGGUCGAUGUCAAGAUCCGAGGGGUUUCGCCACCGUUUUGAUGGUGUUUGGUAUGAAGGUGCAAAGCUGUGGGCAAAAGACAAAUUAUUGUUAAUUAAAAGUUUUGCAUUCGGGGUCAUGAAUCCACAUGCCAAAGCAGUUCAACAGUGGAACCAAUUCAUUGUCAUAUCGUGCUUAUUUGCAAUUUUCAUAGACCCCUUAUUCUUUUACUUGCUGUCAGUCAAGAAGGACUGUAAGUGCAUAAUAAUUAAUUGGCCAAUGACGAAAACCAUCGUGGUUUUCAGAAGCGUGACGGACCUUAUAUACUUCAUGCAUAUUCUUGUUCAGUUCAGGUUAGCAUUUGUUUCACCUGAAUCAAGGGUUGUAGGAGCUGGAGACUUGGUUGAUCAACCUAGAAAAAUCGCAUUACAUUAUCUUUCUGGAUUUUUCUUCCUUGACUUAUUUAUUGUAUUACCGGUUCCUCAGAUAAUUGUAUUACUUUUCUUACCAAGUGCGACAUCCGGAGCUACUUAUGCAAAGAAUCUCUUGCGAUCAGGUGUUCUUAGUCAGUACAUCCCCAGGUUAUACCGAUUUCUGCCUCUUCUUGCUGGCCAGUCUCCAAGUGGUUUUAUAUUUGAGUCAGCAUGGGCCAACUUUGUCAUCAAUCUUCUGACCUAUUUCUUGGCUGGUCAUGUUGUUGGAUCAUCCUGGUAUCUGUUAGGGUUACAGAGGGUGAGUGAAUGCCUUCGAGAAGCUUGUCGUCAAUCUACAUUGUUCCCAAACUGUUUGAAGUUUAUAGAUUGCGGGCGUGGGGAUGAUUUUCAAUACUUAGCACGUGAUCGACAAUGGAAUAACUGGAAACAAGAUGUAAGUUCGAGUUCUUGUUUUACAGAUCAGGACGGUUUCCCCUAUGGAAUUUACCAGAAAGCUGUCAAUCUCAUUGCUGAGGAUAACAUAAUCAGAAGAUAUGUAUAUUCCUUUUUUUGGGGGUUUCAGCAAAUCAGUACACUGGCUGGCAAUCAAUCUCCAAGUUACUAUGUUGGGGAAGUCCUUUUUACGAUGGGUAUUAUUGGACUUGGCCUUCUACUUUUUGCCCUUCUUAUCGGAAACAUGCAGAACUUUCUUCAAGGUCUUGGACGCAGACGGCUGGAAAUGUCACUUAGACGACGUGAUAUUGAGCAUUGGAUGGGACACCGACAUUUGCCGGAAGACUUACGAAGAAAAGUUCGAGAGUCGGAGCAUUAUAAUUGGGCAGCUACCCGAGGGGUUAAUGAGGAGAUGCUAAUGGAGAAUUUGCCUGAAGACUUGCAAAGAGAUGUACGCCGGCACCUCUUUAGUUUUGUCAAGAAAGUCAGGAUUUUAGCAAUGAUGGAGGAACCGAUUUUAGAUGCAAUAUGUGAAAGGUUAAGGCAAAAGAUAUAUGUCCAAGGAGGCACACCUUUAUAUCAAGGAGGGGUUGUGACGAACAUGGUUUUUAUUGUAAGAGGAAAGAUGGAAAGCAUAGGAGAAGAUGAGAAUCAUGUUCCAUUGUCGGAGGGCGAUGUAUGCGGUGAAGAACUUCUCAGAUGGUCCCUUGAACAUUCAUCAGUUAAUGGAGAUACAAAAAACGACAGAAAACAAGGAGGCAGAUUGCUUAGCGACAGGACAGUGAAAUGCAUAACGAAUGUGGAGGCAUUUGUUCUACGGGCUGCAGAUCUUGAGGAAGUAACAACUCUUUUUUCUGUGUUCUUAAUGAAUCAGCGUGUUCAGUUUGCCAUAAGGUACGAAUCUCCAUACUGGCGGUCCCAGGCGGCAACCACCAUCCAGGUGGCAUGGAGAUACUAUAAGAAGCGGAAAAACCGUGCAAAAACCUCACAUGGUCGUACCACUCUUCCCUCCAAGUGGUCUGCUUUGCAGCAACGGGUAGCGUCUCGUUAGUUUUCAUGUAUGUGCCUACAAUUUGGUGAUACCGUUGCCUAAACUAAUGCCUAUUUUGUAAACCCUAAACCCUGCAUUUAUGAGUUGUGGGAAGCUAGGAACUGAAGACGUGGGUGUUUACAAGGUGUUUUUGCAUGUUUUCUUGUAGUAUUAUGUUUAAAGGAUGACAUAGUAUUGUAAAGGGUUCACCUGUGAGUGUGCAACAUGUUAUUGAUGAUUUGUGAGGUUGUAACACUAGAAGUACGUUUGCUCUUAUGUUCAAAAACAAAACGUAUAUAUUUUCUUUUCACUAAAGUUUGGGUUGUAUUUGGAUCGAUUUUAUUUCUAUUCAAAAGACCUAAAAAAUCA